AUGCCAGCACGUUCCACGUACAGAGCUCCCGUAGCCCAGUACCCACCCUAUGUGGCCUCCGGAGACAAUCGUGUGGUGGAUUCAGUCAGAAGUGCAAAAGUCAGCCCGGGCGUGCAAUCACGGCUUCCUGCUAUUGAGACAGCAAACGAUGCUCACUCAAGGGCACAAAAGACAAACGACAGUUCAAUUGCUCCUUCAUUCCAGAUUCCCAAAUCUGUGAACGACAGUGGUGGAAGCCUAUCCGAGCUUGCUGCAGAGGAAACUGUGCAAGGACGCAACUCCAACGACCGGCUUCCGCAAAUGGGUCACUACCAUUCUGUCAACAACGCUCGUCGCCCAGAAUGUGGUUCUCCUGGCUCUGCUAUUUGUUUAUCGUUUGAAGAAGCUCAACCCGGCGGUCAAAGGAAAGCCUGGGAGCGAAUACAGGUUGUUGACAGUCGCUCUGAUGUUGGGCAACAAAUUCCUGGACGACAACACAUAUACGAACAAAACUUGGGCCGAAGUCUCUGGAAUCAACGUUGCGGAGGUCCACAUCAUGGAGGUGGAAUUCCUCAGCAACAUGAAGUACAACCUCUUCACCGACUGCAGAGCCGACCUGCGCCGAUUCUCCCACCAGCAUCAUCAUUGCAAUUGCCAAUGGCGUUGCCCUCGCCUCCGGCUUCGAACCAGGCAUCACCACCUUAUGCGGCAGAAUUGGCACAACCCGGCUUCGCAUACAAUGCUCCGA